CCAAAGCCUCGACUCUAAAGCCAAGGAGCCUUGAUGCCGAAGUUUCUUUGGCGGCGGCUGACGCACAAUUCAGACUUUGAAACUGCGUGCAAACGGCGUGUGAAGGAGAGUGCAGAUCGGCAUCUGCGGGUUGGGAGCCCGGCCCCCUGCCGGAGAGAAAGAUGAGAACCCGCCCAGCGCUCGCCUUCCUCCUGCUCUUUACGAUCACAUCCGGGGCCUCCGAGAACGCCAGCACGUCCCGGGGCUGCGGGCUGGACCUCCUGCCUCAGUACGUGUCCCUGUGCGACCUGGACACCAUUUGGGGGAUCGUGGUGGAGGCGGUGGCCGGGGCGGGCGCCCUGAUCACGCUGCUCCUGAUGCUCAUCCUCCUGGUGCGGCUGCCGUUCGUCAAGGACAAGGAGAAGAAGGAGCCCAUGGGCCUGCACUUCCUCUUCCUCCUGGGCACCCUGGGCCUCUUCGGGCUGACAUUCGCCUUCAUCAUCCGGGAGGACGAGGCCAUCUGCUCCGUCCGCCGCUUCCUCUGGGGCGUCCUCUUCGCGCUCUGCUUCUCCUGCCUGCUGAGCCAGGCGUGGCGCGUGCGGAGGCUGGUGCGCCACGGCAAGGGCCCGUCGGGCUGGCAGCUGGUGGGCGCCACACUGUGCCUGAUGCUGGUGGAGGUCAUCAUCGCCGUCGAGUGGCUGGUGCUGACCGUGCUGCGUGAUGCCAAGCCGGCCUGCGCCUACGAACCCAUGGACUUCGCCAUGGCCCUCAUCUACGACAUGGUCCUGCUUGUGGCUGCCCUGGGGCUGGCCCUCUUCACGCUGUGCGGCAAGUUCAAGAAGUGGAAGCAGAACGGGGCCUGCCUCCUGGUCACCACCUUCCUCUCCGUGCUCAUCUGGGUGGCCUGGCUGACCAUGUACCUCUUUGGCAAUGCCGAGCUACGGCAGGGCGAGGCCUGGGGCGACCCCACACUGGCCAUCACGCUGGUGGCCAGCGGCUGGGUCUUUGUCAUCUUCCACGCCAUCCCUGAGAUCCACUGUGCCAUUCUCCCGGCCCCGCAGGAGAACACGCCCAACUACUUCGACACGUCGCAGCCUAGGAUGCGGGAGACGGCUUUCGAGGAGGACGUGCAGCUGCCACGGACCUACAUGGAAAACAAGGCCUUCUCCAUGGAUGAGCACAAUGCAGCUCUCCGAACCGCAGGCUUUCGCAAUGGCAGCCUGGGAAGCAGACCCAGCGCUCCGUUUAGAAGCAAUGUCUAUCAGCCGACCGAGAUGGCCGUCGUGCUGAACGGCGGGACUAUCCCAACUGCUCCGCCAAGUUACACUGGAAGACACCUCUGGUGAAAGACUUUAAAAGUUCCAGAGAAUAAGACUCUCUCUCUUACCGAUUUUACUCCCUGGCUGUGUCUUUCUUGAGGGAGAAAUCGGUAACGGCAGCCGAACGGGGCCACCUCGCAGCCAGGAGAUUUGGAAAUCCCAGCAAAAGGGACUUUGUGUAAAUGUGAACACUGCUGAACUGGAAAAGCUAACACCACCUGCCUUCCCCUGCCCUGCCACACACACACACACGCACACACGCAAUACCAAACCAACCUCAAUCCCUGCAAAAAACAAAAAAUAUAAUAAUAAUAAUAAUAACAAGCAAAGCUAAUUGCCAAUAGUAUUAGGCUCAUUGGGAAAUGUAGCUGGGAAGACUCUCUCACCCUCUGGGGGUUCAAACAGAACCGGAUUCACAGCUGGUGGGCCAGGCUGGUUUGGUUGACUGUGGCAGGGAUGUGAGUCCCAGGUGGCCUCUUGGAGAUGACAUUUCAGCAAGGAGGGCCAAGGGGGAUCAUCAGGAGCAGUGAAGGAGGUUGUGGGGGUGACUAUGGCCAGGCUCAGCUGAAUCGUGGGGUGAGCUUUACAACUGGUAGUGGUCGAAGGACCCUGGCAAGUGCCAAAGGAGGAUAUCUGGGCGUUUAACAUGGCUGUCACACUUAGAAAGUGGUGGCCAGCCAGUGUCCCUUCUGUGGGCCUCUUAGCCUCGUGCCCAGGUCAAGAAAGCGAGCUGGGGGCCUCUCUUCCUGGUAGAGCCAUAGAAAUGUCCCGGCUUGGGACAGCAGGCUGAAGACUUUGCCACGUCGCCAUCUCUUCUUCCCUUGUUCGUGUUUCCCUGUCCCUGCACUUGCCCGUGCUCCUCCACGCCCUUUCCCAAUUUUAUUCCCACAUCCGUUUCAAAAGUUCACGUGGGCGGAGGGAGGCCCCACGGCAGGUUUUCCACUGCUGCUGCCAUGCAAUGGGCUUCCCCAGAGGUGCCUUCCAGGCUGCGGGGAAACCCUGGCACCUAGUGUGCUGUGUGUUUGCAGGUUGUGUGGGCUGAGCGGUGGAUGUGGUAGAAAUUUCCGAGCGGAAUGGAUCGCUUGGGGUUUCUUCUUCUUUGGAGGGGGGGAGGUGGGGGGCUCUCAUUUCUGUGGGUGCCAUGACAAUGGUCUUCAACUCCUGUUUCCUUCAUGGUCUCCAUCUGUGCUGAGCAAGUCAUUCCUUUGUCAUUUCGCAUUGCAGACAUCUCAACUCUUCAAAGCCCCAUGCUCGCUGCACUGUUUGGCCAGCAGAAUCACUAGCUACGAUAUAAAGCAAUGAGUUUUAACCCGGCAGCUGGGCAUGUAGAAAUGAGGGUGGGUCUUUUCUUUUUUUUUUUUUUUUUGCAUAUACUCUAAUCACUAUAUUGCUUUUUCUAUAAGACAACCCAUAAGCCUUUAACCUUUAAAGAAAAUGAAAAAGGUUAGUGUUUGUUGGGGGGAAGGGGGAGGGCCUGACCCCUUCACAAACCAACCCGCCUGAGCUGAGAAUGUUUUAAUAAACCUGGUUUUUCUCGAGGGCCUAGUCUCUGCUGUGUCCCCUCCCUCCCCGCCCUCACCUUCUGGAGCACUGGGACUAGCGAGGCCAAUCUGCCCAUCCCUGCCAUGGCCCCCCUUCGAGUUUUCCUCCCUGCCAGUGCAGUUCCCUGUAUUCCCACGCAUGGAGAAGAGAAAAGCAUGGCACAAGAAUGCCACUCGUAUCCAACCUUCCUUCCAGAACCAUCCCUGCCCCCCCCCCCACUCCCACCCAGAGCAUGUGCUUGCUUCUAGAGAAUCAGAUUCCCACCCUGGGUGUGAGGGGGCAUCAUUGGGUGGAGUUGAAAAUGGAGAAUUGGGGAGGGCUGGGAGUGGGUGCUGUGGUUGCAUGCAGACCCAAUAUUCUGAAAAUAAAGAAAUCUCCAAAGUCCUCAGUCCGAUCCAGUGAAACACGACAACGUUCCACGUUCUCGUGCCAGGAAAUGGCUGCUCACCCCCACUCUCUGGAGUCCUUUGGAGCACUCUGAUUCCGACAGUGACUGCACGAUCACUUUCUAAGUUCUUUGUUGUCCUGACACAUAAGGCGAGCACCGCAUAAACGGCUACAGGUGGAAAGUGACUUUUCACUACCAUAAAAAAUGAAACCAUCUUUAAGCCACGGAAAACCUCAUUCAAUGAGACUAUACCCCCCGCCCCCACCCCCUUUUUAAAAAAAUCUCUGCUACAUUAUGGAUUGUGUAUUAUUUUGCUUUUAAGGUGGAGAGUAGGCUAAAUGCCCUCACAAUUGGGGCGGAGGCAGGGAGUUGGGGAGAAAAGGGAGAGAACUGCUGUUUUUCUAAGGACUCCACCUGACUGGUACAGACAGUCAUCUUUACCAAAAGACAAGUCAGCUGCCCCCACGGAGCAAAGUUUAAAUACAAAAUUCAAUGGCACCUCUGUUUGAGAUCUGUUUAUGUAAACAAAAGACUUGUUUGGGGAAAGUGACCUGGAAGGAGAACAUCUGUGGCCAAAAUACUUGUAAGCACAAAUUUUUCUGCGUCCGGUUAUUAAAAUCAGUUUGGGACUAUAACAGCCACUGUGUCCCCCCUUUGAAUAGGAAACUGUCAUUCCAUCCUGGAUUUCUCCCCUGGAGAUGGAGGGUGUGGAGUGAGGGACUUGGCUCUGAGAACGUACAGACUGGGAAGUUCUGGGUGUCUCGAGGGUUGCCAGGGUUUCAGAUCUGCUGGUUGAAAGCUGGGGGUCCAGCACUUUCACUGCAGAUUCCACGGGGACCACCGAACGAGCAGAAACUCAGUGAGGUCUUCAGUCUAGCGGGUCCUUGGAUAGCCGGGACCAAGUUGAACGCUCAGGCCAAACCCCAAACCAAAAGGGAGCAUUGUGGCUUUUAUAAUCCGAUGAUGCAAAGAUCAUACCAGCUUACAGGAGUUCUCAGCAGGUGCUUUUUAUUAAUCGAUAAAGAGCUCAGGCUCGUUUUUGAUAGAUAAUAUAUAUUUAUUAAAUGUAUUAAUGUGUGUUUUAUAAUGUACCUUAUCCUCCCCUGGCUGGCUGUGGCAUACUUAUAAAAGAAAUUGCUAAAGACAUAGCAAGACAAUCAAUAUGCACCCUAAAUGACUGUAUAUAUAAAUAUGACAAAUGUAAGAGGUUGUAAAGCAUGGGCAGAUAGGUUUUAUUUUCAAAAUGCUGUUCUUAACACAGAAAUAAAGGCUUUACUAUUUACUUAA